AUUCCACACUACUAGAAAUACCCCUUCUUCCCUAGUAUCAUUCUUCACAUCCCUCAAACACCAACACAAAACUAAACAAGAAAAAGCAGCAAAAAAAUGGCAAGUAGCAACAGCAGCAGCCUACAGGUGAAAGACGUGCGAGAAGGGGCUGAGAUAGUGUAUGGUGCAGAAGAGUGCCAAAAGAGCUCAUUUGCGCUGCUAGAAGAAUUGGGAUUUCCCAAAGGUGUGAUGCCAUUGAAGGAUCUUGUUGAGUGUGGAAGAGUACGCGAAACUGGGUUUGUAUGGAUGAAACAAAAAGCUCCAUCAGAACAUACAUUUGAAUCCAUUAAAACUGAGGUGAGCUAUGCUACUGAAGUUACUUGUUAUGUUGAGAAAGGAAAGAUGAAGAAGAUGACUGGUGUAAAAAGUAAACAGCUACUUUUAUGGGUUGCUAUUACUGAGAUGAGUGUUGAUGAACCUUGUUCUGGUAAGAUUCACUUUAAGAGUGUUGUUGGUAUUGGUAAAUCUUUCCCUAUUACUGCUUAUAUGACUGAGGAAGAGAAGGCCAAAUAUUUGGAGAAUAAGAAACCUUGAUUAUCAGAAGGUUGCUUUCUUUUGAAACAAUAUGAUGCAUUGCACUUGGUUAUAAUUUUCUACAAGAAUAAUUAAGAUGGUAUUCUAUAUUUUACUAUGUUUAUAUUUGUAACUUGCCCUAGACAUCGCGAAAAUUUGCAUAUUGUAUGGAACAUUUUCUGAUCGUUGUCGAUUGGCCAGUAUUUUUUAAUUCUAUGUAUAAUCAAUUUCCAUGUAUUUGUUCUUUGCUUCUUGGAAAUUAUAUAUAGAUUGAUGAAGCUUUUAAGGAGUA